CAUGGUCGUGCAUGUUUUUUUGUACAGAGAAAUUGAGUUACCUCUUCAUGAUAAUGGCAUCGAACCAGUGGAGUUCCUAAAAAGCAUGGGCAUUUCUCUCACUCCACUAAAUGAGUUCAGCACGGGAGACACCAGAAGGGAGCACAAAGGCGCGUGCCGGAUGAAACUUGUGGCGGAGGUGAGACAAACGCUGGAUGAGGAGGAAGUGGUGCCUCAUGCGGUGCAGCUUAUCUCCCCUCCCUUUCUGGGGAGGACCGUGCUCAUGGCAGGCCCUGCCAAGUUUGGAAUGGACCUGACCAAGCGAGAACAUGGCGUAAGAUUUCCCAUGGCGCAAUCAUGGAUGCGCCGCAACACGUUUUACACGCUGUUUAAAUAGGACAUGUUUUAGAUU